AUGAUAUUUUUGCUUCUCUUAAAUAUUGUGGCUGCAAAACUAGUAUCAAACACGAUAUAUUUCAGUGAAGAGCAUCCAUGGAAAUAUUUAACUAAAUUUGCUGUUGAUACUGGAAUUACACAUUGGCAAUUAAAAGCCAAAUUCGCAAAGCCUGAGAAUAAAGAAAGCGCUGAUAAAGUUGCCGCAGUUUUUUCUAUCUACAUCGACGACCAGCUAGAAGAAAUUCUAAGUCUUCAAGACUGCAAAAUGAAGGCUGAGCUAGGAAGGAGAAGGCAAAGGAUCUUUAUCCCAAGGAAUGGAGAUUGGGCAGAAAUAUCAGGCAGCUUUCCACAAAGAAAAACUCCUCAUAUAUGGUAUUUUUCCCUUUCUGACUGUGAAGGUGCUACUUAUGGUGAAAAACUUAAGGUUGAAUUGCACAUUACUGAUGAUUCAGGAUCAGAAUUUUCAUUAGAAGAUUAUGGACUUAUCUAUUUAUAUCCUGUAGUUUUACUCGCAUUUCUCUUAGUUCUCUCCAAAAAUCUUAUGAGACUUAUAGAAAAUUUCAAAGCCACUGAUGACAUACAGCCCGCAGUGCUUAUCCUUAAUAUUUCGAUUGGAUGUGAGUUUAUAGGGAUUAUUAGUGAAAUUAUUCAUUUAUGAAUAUACUCAAAUAAUGGCCGAGGAUUUUUUAUUUUUGAAUUUUUCUACCAAGCUCUUGACACUAUUUCCGCUCUGCUUAUCACAGUUUUGUUUAUCAUCAUGGCUUCUGGCUGGACAUUAAAAUACAAAGACUUCCCAGAGCCUGACUUAGCAAUACCAAUUAUUGUGACAAUUAUUAUGCUUCAUCUUGUGAUUAUUGGAGUAGGCUCAAUCACAGAAGAUUCUUAUUAUCAUUUCAGUGAUUAUGAUGGCAUAACUGGUGCUUUGCUUAUUUUUGUGAGAGUUGCUUUAUGGGCAUGGUUUGUUUACUAUAUAAAAUCGCUUUACGAAUCAGUUAGAGGUGGAAUGAUCGCAUUUGUUCUUAAUUUUUCAAUUAUUGUUUCAGCAUAUUUCUUGUCUUUACCAAUACUUGUAGUAAUUUCAUGGAUUUUUAAAACCUAUCUCAGGAAUAAAAUUGUUACUAUUGGAGGAUGCGUUAUCCAAAUAGCUGUAUCUUCUUUCUUAACACAUUUAUUUAGUAAGAAGAGCCACUAUUACAAAAUAUCAACCCUAUCAGAUAGCGUUUUACCAGGAAAAAUUUUAUAG